AUGAAUAGUAACAUUAUUUCUACCAAUAAUGUCUUUGGUGUUGGUCAAGCUUCUGAAAUGGAUAAGAGGCCUAUGUUAGGGAUAGAUGAGAGAAUGGUUCAGCAGCAUCCUCCUGUUUCAUCUUUGAGUAGCAGAAUGAUGUUGCCACAAAGUGGUGUCAAAAGUACUGAUGGUGAUAAUGGAAAUGGUGGUGAGGGAGGUGGCAUGGGCACAAGAGUCUUUUCACCUUCUGGUGUUCCUGGCAUUCAGUGGAGACCUGGUAGUUCCUUCCAAACUCAACAUGAAGGGAUCAAAGAGAGAAAUUUAUGCAGAGAUUCCAACAAGUACAACAAGGAAGCAACACCCUUCUUGGAAUGCAUCAACAAAGUAGAAGCACUUGAAGAUCUUGUUAUCAUUGGUCCACCUGGACUUGUUAAGGGAGCUUCAGUACAUGAACAAAGUGAGGAGACAUUAUCCCUAUCAACCCUACAAAUAGUAACAUUAUUUCUACCAAUAAUGCCCUUGGUGUUGGUCAAGCUCAUAGAUAAUAGCCUUCUGGACGUCUCUCAAUCUGAUCUGGAAGCUAAUUUGUUUAAGCUCAUGGAAAGGCGGGGCUAUGGGCAAGAAUAUAUAAAUUGUUACAAGAUGAUGACAAGUUCUAUUCUAAAUUUCCCAGCAGCAAUUAGCAAAGGACUUGAAAAAGUUGUCCAGGAAUUGUCAAUGGCUGAAAAUGAUGGACCUGUCUCUGAAAAAUUUCUCAAAGUAAAGUUGAUGGAAGAAAGGAAUAUGAAGCCACUUGAUUUAAAUCUUGCACCAUUAUCAGCAAGAUGCAAUAAAGACUUGGAGUUGAAUUUGGCUAAGUCAUGA